GACCUCAACAAUGGAAUUAUGAUCAGUAGAAAUGGCCAUGACAUUGGACCUUUUAAUAUAAAAGAUAUUCAGAUGGUGGCUGACAUAUCUUUGUUUACAGGUUGUUUUCAAAGAUGAGCGACAAAGCCAGUCACUGCUGCUUAAGGUGGCUGACUAUUAUUACGAGGAGCGCAUGUGUCUGCUCAGAUGUGUCCUACUAUUGCUGACAUACUUUCAGGAUGAGCGGCAUCCCUACAGAGCUGAGUACAGUAACUGUGUGAAUAAAUUGGAGAAGGACCUGGUGAGCAAGUAUAAGUCACAGUUUGAAAACCUCUUCAAAGCAGAAGCACCAACAUGGGAAACUCACGGAAACCUCAUGACGGAGAGGCAGGUGUCCCACUGGUUCCUGCAGUGUCUGAGGGAACAGUCUCUUCUGCUUGAGAUCAUCUUCCUAUACUACGCAUACUUUGAGAUGAGCCCGUCCGACUUGCUGAGCUUCACCAAAAUGUUCAAAGAGCAAGGCUUCGGUUUGAGGCAGACCAACAGACAUCUUGUAGAUAAAAGCAUGGACGCCCUGGUCGACCGCAUUGGAUAUUUUAGCUCCCUAAUCCUGGUGGAAGGAAUGGACAUAGACUUUCUGCACAAGUGUGCCCUGGAGGAGUGCACAGAGCAGCAUCAGUUCUCCAGCGCUGCAGACGUCAUCAAGGGGAUGGAUCAGCUGCUGUUGACGUUCGGAGACAUCCCUCACCACGGGCCGGUGCUGCUGGCCUGGGUUCUGCUGAGACACACACUGCGACCAGAGGAGUCCAGCCCCGUCAUCAGGAGGAUCGGAAACACUGCCCUGCAGCUCGAGGUGUUCAAGUACAUCUCAACCAUGCUGAAGGGUCUCGGCGUGUCAGGAAAUAAUGUAAGAGGACACACCAAAAUCAAUCAAUCAGAUUCCAACCUCUCCACCAUGGGCCAGACUAAAGAGCUGUCUAAGGACCUCAGGGACCAGACUGUAGACCUCCACAAGGCUGGGACUGGCUACAAGACCAUCAGAGAGCAGCUCG